AUGCCUCUCUCGCCACCCGACCCGCGCAAGUACCUGCCAUCGAGGGCGCACCCCGACCACCGCAGCCAGCGCAAGGAGCUCGAGAAGAAGCACCCGUUCGGCUACACCGAGCCCAUCCUACUCGGCCUGCUCGGGCUGGGCCUGGCCUGGAACAUCGAGCACCAGGUCAAGCACCACGAGGAGCGCAAGGACAAGGAAGAAGAAGAACGCCUGAAGCGCGAGGACCGCGAACGGCGGCGGAGGGAGAAACAGCGCGGCGGAGGUGGAGGAGGUGGUGGUGGAUCGUCGUCGCGGCGCGGGGAUAGCGUGGGAGGCGGCAGCAGCGAGAUGCGGAGCGAUACUCGUGAUCGUGAUCGUGCUGGCAGCAGCGCCCGCGGCGGAUCGGGGUCGAGGGAUGACGCGCGCGAGUUCCGCAGCUCGAGACACCAGUCGGUGGGCGGCCAGCGGUCCGAUCUGCGAUAUGUUGAGAGACAACAACCCCCGCCCCCGCGGCGCGAGGAGCGCCAUGUGGACGACCGCUACGAGGACCGGUACGACGACCGCGUCCCUCUCGGCAGGGGCCGUCGCGACUCCUGGUGA